AUGUGGAACGACGAAGAUAACAAUCCCUACGGGACGAGCUUCGACCGUCGCGAUUCACAAACGUCGUCCUCGAUAAACCCAACGUCACCAGUCACUCGAAACUAUCGGUCUUUUGAUAUCCCACGUACCCCGACUUCUGACAGCGAAGAAGAUGAACCCGCCUUCAGUCAAUCGUCUGCGCCAACUGCCAUUAGCGCUAGUCACGAAUAUGCCUUGGCUGAAGAAGAACCUGCGCAAAGACGGAAACCAGGGGGCUACUCAAGCCGCAUCGAGCAGAUUCUCUAUGAAAAUCCCAACAUGCCCAUCCUAAUUACCGACGCAGGGAAGAGCUUGGAAAGUGGUGGCCGGUACAUAGUGUACACGAUCCGGACGGGAGACUUGGAAGUCCGGCGACGAUACUCCGAAUUUGCAUCGCUUAGGGACGCUUUAACACGAUUGCAUCCGACCCUCAUCAUUCCUCCCAUUCCAGAGAAACAUACCAUGGCUGAUUAUGCUGCCAAACCCACUAGCGCUAAACAAGACCAACAAAUCAUUGAUCUUCGGAAACGCAUGCUCGCUGUCUUCUUGAAUCGCUGCCGUCGUAUGGAGCCCGUUCGAGAUGACGGAGUAUGGUGGCGGUUCCUCGAUCCUAAUGCGAGCUGGAGCGAGGUUCUGCACUCACACCCCGUGUCCUCAAUCCCCAAGUCUAUUCUUAAAGCCCCGCCUUUGGAUACGGCAAAUCCUUCACCAGCACACAACUUCCUCCCCAUACCCUCUGGCUCGGCGAAGCUCAAAACAUCGGCCGGGAUGACUUAUGAUAUCAACCCUUCGGCACCUCAGACAGGAGCACACGUUAUCGGGCGUUUUCCUCCGGAAUCUACGACGCAAAGCGAGCACGAUCUCGACCCGUAUUUCAUCUCGUAUGAAGCCUCCAUCAAGGAGCUCGAACAGCUUCUGAUGGGUCCGAUGGAAAAAGUCAACCGCCGGACACUUUCCCACCUGUCGUCUCUUGCUGCAGACCUUUGCGAACUAGGUUCCAGAUACAAUGCCUUUGCCCUCUCUGAGCAAGCUCCUUCGCUGGGCCCGGCAAUCGAACGAGUCGGGCAGGCUGCUGAUUUGUCCUAUAUUGCGACCGAAGAGUUGGCGGGCUCUCUGGGAUCGAGCUUUGCCGAGCCCAUGAGAGAGAAUGCGCAAUUCGCCGGCGUCGUCAAGAGUGUGCUUCGAUAUAGAGUACUGAAACGAGUCCAGCAGGAUCUCACCACAGAAGAGCUAGCUAAGAAACGGUCGCUGUUGGAGCAGCUGGAACAAAGUGAAGCGGAAGCGAGACGGAUUGAACAGUACUUGUCGAAUAGCCAGCAGUUAUCACCACCGCCUAAGCGGUCUACGAGUUUGAAAGAACCGUCGCCUCAGCACAGACGAGAGACUGGACAAGACGACACGGAGUCUAUCGACUCAGAUUUCCCCCCAAGCCACGGUGAUUUCUCGUCGUCAACACCAUCGGCCAGUCAAGGUCUCCCUGAAAGAAGUGCCAGCGUGUCUCACAGAAAGGCGCCGAGCGGCAACUCCAUCACAAACAAGAUCUUUGGUCCUCUUCGCCAUGCCAUUCAGGGAGUCGCGGACGUGGACCCGGAGCGCACACGUCGCGAUACCAUUGGUAAAACAAGGGAGUCCAUUGGUCAGUUGGAACAGGCGCAAAUAGUCUCUGAACGGGAUGUGAAAGAAGCAAGCGCCAGCGUGUUGAAAGACCUGAGGAGAUUCCAGAAAGACAAAGAAGAUGACUUGAAGCGGUACAUGCUCGCCUAUGCCAAGAGUCAAGUCGAAUGGGCAAACAAGAGCAAGCUACAGUGGGAGGAAGCACGGGCGGAAGUUGAAAAGAUAGAUGAGAACUGA